CCCUAAAAAAAAUAGCCUUAUCGUGGGUACUAUAUAAAAUCCCCUUUGAUUUUUCAUACGCGAAAAACCCUCCUCCACUCGCACCCAGGGAGAGAAGAGGCAGAGAGAGAAAGCAGCAGCAGCAACAGCAACAGCAACAGCAAUGGUGUCGCUCAAGCUCCAGAAGCGGCUUGCCUCCAGCGUCCUCAAGUGCGGGAAAGGCAAGGUUUGGCUUGACCCCAAUGAAGUCAGCGAAAUCUCCAUGGCCAAUUCCAGGCAGAACAUCAGGAAACUGGUGAAGGAUGGUUUCAUCAUCAGGAAACCAACAAAGAUCCACUCCCGCUCUCGUGCACGCAGAAUGAAGGUGGCCAAGAGGAAGGGUCGUCACUCUGGAUAUGGUAAGCGCAAGGGUACCAGGGAGGCAAGGCUGCCAACUAAGGUCCUUUGGAUGAGGAGAUUGCGCGUGCUAAGGCGUUUGCUCCGUAAGUACCGGGAAGCAAAGAAAAUUGACAAGCAUAUGUACCAUGACAUGUACAUGAAGGUGAAAGGUAAUGUCUUUAAGAACAAGAGGGUGCUCAUGGAGAGUAUUCACAAGUCAAAGGCUGAGAAGGCAAGAGAGAAGACUCUGUCUGAUCAGUUUGAGGCUAAGCGUGCUAAGAACAAGGCAAGCAGAGAGAGAAAGCAUGCCAGAAGGGAGGAGCGUUUAGCUCAGGGACCUGUUGAGAGGGCACCAGCAGCAGCUGCACCACCUGCACCACAACAAACUGAGGGAGCUAAAAAAUCUAAGAAGUGAGAAGUGUAACAUCUCUGAUGAACACAAAGCAAGAGCCCAAAUAUGCGAAUACUCUUUUGUUUCCUCUGAAGGAUUUCGUUCAUCUUAGCUAUUUUAAUAUGUUUAAUGAAUUUUGCAUUUUCAUUAUAAAGAUUUAAAUCUUGGAACUCUCAACUGUUCUUUUUUUUCUUUCCCCAAAUGUUGGAUAAUGUGUCUAUUUGUGACCUUAUGGAUACAUGUUCUUUUGGGACAUGGGAAUUUUGAUUCACUUUACUGUCAGUAGAUGUAAGUACAGCUUUGCUUUUUUGUGA